AUGGCAUGGAUCGAUCAGAGACCUUUGCCGCGGUAUGGCUAUUGGGGUCCCAUCACCAGCUCGCUGCUCUGGUGCGAGGAAAAGUACGUGUGGUCAAGGUAUAUUGCUGAGCCGGUCAACACCUUUUCCAACCUCUUCUUCAUCGCGCUCUCCUUGUACGGAGCGCGCAAUGGCUACCGGGCGCGACUACCGCGGCGCUUCAUCUUGGUCAACCUGGGCAUAACGGGCAUCGGUGUGGGAUCCUUCUUCUUUCACAUGACGCUGCAAAAGUGGGCUCAGCUGCUGGACGAGCUGCCAAUGAUCUACACCUCCGCACUCUUCACCUACGCAGUGUGCGAAACGAGCCCAAAGGGACGCAAAGCUCGCUUUCAGUACGGCUUGUCGGCUACGCUCAUUCUGGCCGUCAUUGCCAUCACCGUCGGAUAUCUCUACUCUGGCAACCCCAUCUUUCACCAAGCAGCGUACGCGGCGAUACAGCUGACGAGCACCGUCAGGAUCGUGACUCUGCUGCGCUCCAGCUCGUCUUCCAUCAACAAGACGCUCGCAGGCAGAAAGCUCAAGCAGGACAUCAACAAGAUCUUCAUCAGAGGCGCAGUGACAUUUCUGACGGCGUUUGGCAUUUGGCAGGUUGACAACAUCUUUUGCAGUUGGCUCAGGUCGACGAGGAGGUUGGUGGGCCAGCCCAUCGCGCUGCUGUUGGAGGGUCACGCUUGGUGGCAUAUCGGCACGGGCUGGGGAGCGUACGCGAUUGGCGUCGCAGGUGCUCUUUUGGUGAGUCGCUGUGAAUGCAGCUUGCGCCGCCGAGGGCGCGGGAGGAGGGGGAGAGAGAGAGACGGGUGGAUCUCAUUCCGUGCGCCCUUCCACCGCACCUCCAGAUCUCGUCGCUCAAGGAGACGCCCAGCAACUUUGCGCUGGGUGGCACGUGGUACUUGCCGCGCGUAG